AUAAAAAACAUGGCAACAACAACUCAGAAUCCAUUUGACUUAGAAAAAUUAAAUGAAAAUACAUUAAAAAAAUUUAAAGAAGAUCCAUUAAAUACUAUCGUUCCAGCAGGUUUUACAGGAGAUGAUGGUGAAGAAAGUGACUUUUCUCCAGUUCAAGAUCCUUUACAAAUUGGGGUUGCUUCUUUAAAACCAAACCUGGAUGAUCUUGAAACAAUGGGUGUUGCUGUAAUUGGUUUAAUUCCAACAGUAGGACCUCUUGUUCAAGGUUUUUAUCAAAUUUUCAGAAAUAGAACAAAAGUACAAGCACUUUCAAAAGAAGAAGUAGAAAACUUAUUAGACUCAAAGAUCAAAGCAUUAAAACAAGAGAUGGAACAAUUAAUUGAUCAAAAACUUGAAAAGUCACAAAUAGAACAAUAUAAAACUCUUAGUAAGGGUGCAUUUGAAGGGUUUUAUAAUUCCUCGUUAAAAGAAUUAAGUCAAGAUUUAGACAUUUUAAAACUUAAACUAUCUAAAAAAGAAAUUGAAAAACCAGAAGGAUCAUUCUUAACAGGUUUGAGAGGUAAAUAUGAUAUUUUCAGGGAUAGUAUUAAAGCAUUACUAUCACUUUUACAAGAUAUAAAAUUCGUUCCAUAUGUAUACAAUCAACUUGUAGACAUUACAUAUCUUUAUAUCUUUUGCAUGCAGAACUUGAUAAACUAUUGGUAUCAAUAUGGAUAUGUUAGCGAAUAUGCAAGGUAUACACCAGCAUCAUCCUCUGGGAAAGCAACACAUUCGUAUAGGGAUAAACUUCACAUUAACAUUCAAAAAACAUUGAAAACUUUACAAAACGGUCUCUAUAAAAUUCAACCAGGUCUUGAUAAUCUUUCAAAAAUGCUUGAAAUGGACCCAGUCCUUUACCCAGUACCAUUAUUUAAAGCACCUGUUGUUCCAUCAUUUAAUGGAAUGGCUGAUGUAAAGAGACUAAAGCUUUCAUACUCAAGACCAGUUGUUGAAAUUGAUGUUAAUAUGCACGCUCGUCCAUUUAUUUAUCGUGUCGAUGGUGUUAACUUUAUUGGUAAUUGGUCAAUAGAAGAUAUUAGUGGAUGUCCAAGAAUGGUUCCAAAAGAAAAAGAUCAAAUUACUGAUUGUUAUGGUUUCUAUCUCAAAACAGAUCCAAGUAUUUUAAUAAAAUUAAGUGAACCCAAAUAUGUCAGUAUUCGUUUAUUUACAAAAAUGGAAAGUAAUGAAUUCUGUUUAGAUACAGGAUUUUUCGGAUUUAUUCAAAAGCAUGAUUUUGAAAGUGGUAGUCUUGCUCCCAAUCCAAUCAAAAGUGGAAGUUUUGAAAUGCCACUAGAAGAAAGAUUUUGUAGAUCAGGAUUUAGUAUUUUAAGAAAAUCUGAAGGCCCUCUUUCUGAAUUCGAUGUUUCAUUUCAAGGAGGUUCGUCUGAUAUUACAAAUUUUGACAAAUUAUUAUUUUUAGAAAUUGUAAUUUCUGAUAAUUAAAAUGGAAAACUUUUUAAUUUUCGUUUAAUCAUUAUAAUAAAAAAUUUUCAAUUUAAUUUUUUUU